AUCUUGAUUGCUCUUCCGUGGGCGUUUUCCGUGUCAAGACCCGUCAGUUCUUCUCCUCCAUCUUCACCAUGAAUAUGUUCCAUUUGAGCUUGGCCACUCUUAUGCUCAUUACGGGCUCAAUCAACACCCUCUCAGUCAAAUGGGCGGAUACCAUGACCUCGGAGAGCUCGGAUGGACAGCAAAGAGGCUUUGAUCACCCGUUCUUGCAAGCUUGUGGUAUGUUUUUGGGGGAAAUGAUGUGCAUGGUGGCUUACUAUGCUCUCCGUUGGCGUCGUCAACGUGCUUUGGCCCGGGCUCGCGAUCCGGAUGCGCCUCAGGAACUGGGUCCUCCCGAGACCCCGUUCAGUCCACUGAUCUUCUUACCUCCGGCCAUGUGCGACAUGACCGCCACCUCGAUCCAAUACAUUGGUUUGACCCUGACCUAUGCCUCAUCGUUUCAAAUGCUAAGAGGGGCUGUUAUCAUCUUCACUGGUUUGUUCUCGAGGAUUUUCUUGCGGAGACGUUUCCAGUGGUUCAAAUGGUUUGGCAUUGGUUUGAUUAUCAUUGGCUUGGCUGUGGUGGGCCUCUGUGAUAUGCUCUAUCUCCAUCCUGCCCACCACAAAAACGAAACAUUGGUGGAAACCCAAUCGAAUCUCCAGAGCCCACUGUUCCAUGCCGAAUACUACGGUGGAUCCAUCCAGGGCUUAAAUGCCCUAGUAUCCGAGUCCAAUAAAUCCAGUUCUGAUGUACUUCUGGGGGAUAUCCUAAUUGUUUGCGCUCAAGUCAUCGUGGCCACCCAAAUGGUUUACGAAGAAAAAUUCUUGGCCAAAUAUGAUGUCCCACCUCUACAGGCCGUAGGUUGGGAGGGCACCUUUGGGUUCCUGACCCUGGCCACGUUACUCAUCCCGAUGUAUUUCAUUCCCGUGGGACCCAAGUUUGGCAACAAUCCCCGACACGUCCUCGAAGACGCCUACGACGGUCUCUAUCAGUUGUUUCACAAUGGACAACUUAUGACCGCUUUCUGCGGUACCGUUGUGUCCAUUGCCUUCUUCAACUUUGCGGGCAUCUCCGUGACCAAGGAGAUGUCGGCCACCACCCGGAUGGUCCUAGAUAGUGUCAGAACCAUGGUCAUUUGGGGCGUUUCCCUCAUGGUUGGGUGGCAACGGUUCCACGUGUUGCAACUCCUUGGUUUCGCCCUGCUUGUCUGUGGCAUGUGCAUCUACAACGACCUGGUUUUUGCUCCCGGUAUCAAAUACCUUCGUGGUCGUUUCUGCACUCGACGAGACCCUUAUGCCAAUCUGGACAAUGAGAGUGAAGAAACCGGUCCAGUGGAACCGGAACGUAGCAUUUAUGAACGAGAGACCUAGCCUUGUUGCCAAUGGAUUCUAUAACCCAAUACAACUCUCGUUUGAGUUCCCCUUGCCUUUUCGUCCCACAAAAAAUGAGUUUUUUGUUUCCUAUCAAUGACCUGACUCGUGUACUCGUAUUCUUUCUUAUCUUCAUUCUAAUAAUUGUGAUACCACCCUAGUACAUUAUAGUUGCGCUGAAAAAGUAUUUGAAAUAUAUACAUCCAGUAGAGUCGA